AUGACCAUGAGCCACAUGGUGUACCAUACCGUGAGGCUGGCAGGUAUCCAGGCCGUUACCUUGGAUGAUUUGCGCCGAGUGGCCAGGACUCACUUAUCGGGCAUACUGGAUGCCAAACAGGUCAAUAUGGUGGCUACCGUGAACCCAUCGAAGGCUGAGCUCUUGAAGGAAGGACUCUCCGCGCACGGAUACACAUUGCAACCGGUAGAGGACAUCGAAGGCUUCUUCGCGCAAUAGCGUUAAACUACCGAACAUC